AUGUCGCCAAAUGAUGUAAAAAAAAUCAACAAACAGUACUUGGAACCAUCUUACAAUCGACGUCGAGUGAGUAGAAGAACAAAAGAACGAUGGAGACUUAUAUUUAAGAAAUCUCGCGAGCACUCGAUAAUAAAUAAAGAUCAAAAUCAUUGUAUUUCUUUUACGGCGAAUAAUAAUAAAUUUGAACUUUCUACGGAUUAUAAUAAUCAGUCACCAGACUCCAAUAACUACAAGAUUACAAAUUUCGCGGAAAAUGAGGCCCCUUCUUAUAUAGAAAUAAGCGGUUCAGAAAGUUCUUCUGAUGAUUCUGACAGCUCUUCAGAUGAAAAUGAUAAUUAUUUAAGUAAUGAUCACCUCAAUAACUUUUCAAUGAAUAAUUCUGAUAAUUCAUCAGAUAGUGAUUCCGAUAGUUCAUCAGAUAGUAAUUGCGAUAGUUCAUCAGAUAAUAAAGCUAACUGCUCACAUGAUAAUCCUCAUUCAUCAUCUAAUCAUAAUUUUACUAAAUUUAAUACAGAUAAAUUUCAAGGUAGUUUAACGAUGUUUCCUGAAGCACAAUUAACGAUAGCAGACGUUAUUUUUAUGAUUACAGUAUACUCGGUGCAAAAAAAUUUAACUCGGAAAGAUGAAGAUGACCUUAUAAAUCUUAUAAAAAUAUUAGCUGGUCCAAAAUUUGCAUCGUGGAAUGCUUCGCAGUAUGUACGAGAUAAAACGUAUAAUCCUCCCAAGUCCAAAAUUAAUACGCAUUUUUUUUGUACUAAUUGUGAGGUUAUAUUAAUUACACAUAAUAACGGUAAAAAGAUGGGAAAGAAAUCUGUUAGAUGUAAAGAUUGCGAACGUGACUACAAACUUACAUCAGAAAGCUCCAAUCAAUUUGUAACCGUUGAUCUAAGUUACCAGCUCGAAACUCUUUUGAGAAAUGAAGAGAUCCAAAAAGACCUAUUAAAAACAUUGGAUGUACGUUACGAAAAUAAAAUUGAUGGUGUAAUAAAUAAUAUAUAUGACUCUCAGUUAUAUAGAAACCUUCAACUUUUCUCACCGCAUACAUUGACAUAUAAUAUAAAUACUGAUGGUGCACCACCCUUUAAAAGUUCUAACUGUAGUUUUUGGCCAAUACAAUUGUAUUUAAACGAACUUUCACCUCAAAUACGCAAACAAAAUAUAAUUCUCGGUGGUAUGUUCUUGACUUCAUCUGAACCAGGACCAAAGUUAAUGAAAAUUUAUUUAUCUAAAUUUAUAGAUGAUGCUGAAAAUCUUAUGAAGCAAGGAAUAAAUAUUACUUUGCUAAAUUCAAAUAUACAAAGAAAUUUUAAAUUUCAUUGCCUUCUAAUUUGUGUAGAUUCAGUUGCAAGACCUGUAAUACAAAAUCGCUAUCAAUACAGUGGUUAUUAUGGUUGUAGUUGGUGUUAUGACCAUGGAGAAUACAACAGUUCAGCCGUUCGAUAUCCUAUUACAGAAAAUGAUCCUACGUUGAGAACUCAUAAGGAUUAUGUUAAUGAUGUCGAGGAAGUAGAAAAACAAAAACGCCAUAUUAAUGGUGUAAAAGGAAGUUCUGAAUUUUUGCGAUUAAAAAAUAUUGAUUGUGUAUGGAGUUUCCCUGUAGACUAUAUGCAUGGUGUUUUAUUGGGUGUUACGCGACAGUUAUGGUCUAUAUGGACUACUCCAAAUACUUCAUAUUACUUGACGCCAACUGAUCGUAAAGAAAUCAAUAAAAGAAUAUUGUUACAGGAAAUCGAGAAAAAUUUUACCGAAACUAAGGAAAACUGUCAAAAUGCAAGUAAUUUGCAUUUUGAUCCAAAAGGAAGUCAAGUCGAGGCUGAAAGUAUGUCCAACGAUGAAGCUACAAUAAUGGAGAAAGACUUGAACAUUCCUAAAAACGACCCAAAGAAUACAAGCCCAAAGAUACUAAAAGUUUUGAACGACACUCUAUUGGAACAAAAAUUCAAGUAUACCCUAAAAGAAUCUGCUAAGGAUUUAGCAGAGACAACGAGUGAUAUAGGAAUUGUAAGUACGCCUCCAUUUUCUCAUGAACAUGCUACAGACAAUGAACAAGAGAAAAUUGUAGUCGAUGACGUAACCGAGAAUAAAGAUUUCGAUUCGGAUGCAAUGAAACGAUCUGAACGUCGUGGUCAUCGACGCAAAAAGAAAGAAAAAAAAUCAAAACAAAAUAAAAAACGUAAACUUGAUGCCGGUGUGGGUGGUGACCAGUUGUUGACUCAAGUGAUAGGAACUGACAACCAGGAUUUGCUGGAAACUAGUCUACCUAAAAAUGAAGUACCUGCUAUUCAAAAAACGUUAACUGAUCUAAAAGAAUCAACUAAUUCAGCAAAGACAGAAAAACCGCGAAAAAAGCGUAAAAGAGAUUAUAAGAAAGUGUUGGAAACUUCAAAAGUUGAAGUAGAAGUCAAGUUCCUGAGAGAGGCAAUGUCUAGUUUAAUUGAAAAUUUCAACAAUUUUCAAGAGUAUGCCACGUCAAAAUUAGCUGCAAUUGAUGAAAAUUGGCGACAGUUAAAAAACGCCAAAACAUCUACUCAAACUGCUCCACUUAAUCCAAAGGAUAUCAAACGGCCACCUGAAGUCGGUUUCACCCGAAUCGAUGAUAACAUGAUACAUCUGGGACGUGGAGUAUGGUUAUCACGAGCUACCUAUGAUAACGAUGUCUACACUGCUGGAGCAUCACUGGCUAUGUUUGUAAAAAAUAUUGCUGUGUCGGUUUUCGGAACAGAUUACCUUAAAAAACAUAGCGUCAAAGGAAAAGGGUGCAACAAAACUAAAAGUGUACCGAGACCGGCUAUAGAUUCUACGAAGGCUCUUGCUAUUCGAGACAUUUACGAAUAUUAUUUGAAAACCGAGAAGAAUAUGAAAGGAUCAGAGUUACAGGACGAAGUGGAUAACUAUGAAGAUUACAUCCGGCAAAAAAUUUCGGAUCUGAUCCGACCAAAAAGAGGGUCUAAAACUGUUGGAAUAAAAGAUGCAGUGAUAAAUGAAAAGGAUUCAAGUAAUGAUCCUCAAAAAAAUGGUCCUAACAUUGAUGGAACUGUCGUGACUGCAGAUACCUCUACUCCACUCAAUUUCCAAAAAAAGGAGUCUUCGGCUGAUCGAUCCUCCAUGUUUAAGGCAAAAAAAGAAAAUAAAAAGAAAUCGAAGGCGACCUCCUUAUCAGAUCCUAACAUUGAUGGCAAUGCCACAUCUGCAAGUACUUCCACUGCACUCGCUGUGGCAAAAAGCAAAUCUUCUGUUCGUCAAUCCACCAAGCGUUCGUUACGUGAUGCAAAGAAAACAAAAUUGCCGCUCAAGGAUGGGAGCUCUUCCUCAAGCAGCUCUUCUGGAUCUAGUGAAGAUUCAGAUUCUUCUGGAGACAGUUCACCAACUUCACCUGGUGGUGACACUGAUGAUGACACCGCAUCAGAUAAAUAAGUCUAAGAUGGUCUCUUGACCAUCUAUUUUGUACUUUUAUAUUGCACUUUUUUUUGCAGAUUGUUUUUAAUAAGUUACACGACAAAAUUAUAUUCCAUAAAAAAUAAAAAACAAACCGUUUCUAUAGUAAUAAUUCUAUCUGUUUCUACAUUAUUCUUUUUUAAACGAACAUUUGUAUUAGUAUAUUUAAUAAAUAUUAAAAAAUAUGUACUGAAUAAAUUUUGAUUUGAUUGCGAAAAUCAUAUGAUAAAAUUUAGGCAUCUAGGUAUUAGGUUAUAAGCUAAGCCCAUUCUGGAAAUCCAAACAUUCUUUUUGUCACAGUCAAUAAGUAUUGACGAAUAGUUACCGAUAGAAAAAAUUGUCAUUUUAUUGUGAAAAUCCUGAUGAAAUCUAGGUACCUGAAUUGUAAAUUCUAAAAGGAUCGCCCCAUUAAAUUUAUUAAGUUAAAAGCUACACGCAAUCUGGAAAUCCAAACAUACUUUUUGUCACAGUCAAUAAGUGUUGACCAAUAGGUAUCGAUCGAAAAAAUUGUCAUUUGAUUGUGAAAAUCCUGGUAAAAGCCAGGCUUCUGAAUUGUAAAUUCUGAAAGGAUCGCCCCAUUAAAUUUGUUAGGUUAUAAGCUAAGCUAAUUAUGGAAAUCCAAACAUACUUUUUAUCACAGUCAAUAAGUGUUGACGAAUAGGUAUCGAUAGAA